AUGAAUGCUUAUGUAAUGAUCAUCAGAUUCUUCAGAUUGUACUACAUGGGACAAAACAAGAGUUUUCACUUGAUCUUGUUCAUCUUCCUCCAAUUCUGUUCUUCCAUCCAUUGCUAUAAAAGCACUUUUGACGAUGAUUUGGCUGCCAUUCUUCACGAUCAUGUUUAUAAAGCUCUAAUCAAUGAACGUCCACAUACCGGAGCACUCCACAAUGCCAGUCUCCCAGCAAAUUUUGCAGGCAUUAAGGUUUCGGCUGUCGGGCUUAGGAGCAAAACCCUUUGGAGAAAAGGUGCAAAUUUCACAGGUUUUCAUAUUCCUCCAAAAUCUCUACCAGUGCCAUAUGUGAGAAGAAUUCUCAUUGUGUACCAUAAUCUUGGCAACUGGUCUUCUCUAUAUUAUAACUUAUCAGGUUAUUCUCUGAUAAGCCCAGUUGUUGGUUUCAUGGUUUAUGAUGCGUCCCAUUUGAGCAACAGAAACAAAAAUAUCUCGAAACUCGAGCUCAACACUAGGGGGAAAUCUAUAUCAAUUGAAUUUCACUCUUCAAUGGUAGACAAAGGCACUCAAGAAAGAGUAAAAUGUGCUGCAUUUGAUGCUUAUGGGAAGGUGUUUCUCAGUGAAAUGAACUUGCCUAAUAUGUGUUACAGUAAAACUCAAGGCCAUUUUUUGAUAGUCAUUCCUAACAAGAAUAAGCAGAAGGUGUGGGUUUUGUGGGUUAUUGGGUUUUUGUUCGGGUUGUUGGGGUUGAUCUUAGUGGGAUUGGCUGCAACUCUGGUUGCAAAAUCUGUAGCAGAUAAAAGAACUCAAGAAAUGGAAAAGGAAGCUGAUGAUGGAGAGUUUCUUGAUACAUAUUGGAUUGAUAGCAGCAAAAUGCCUCGUGCAGCAGUAACAAGAACUAGUCCAGUACUUGAGAGUACAAUUCUUCCAAGAUGGUCUUGGUAUGGUUAA